ACCUCUAGUUCGCACCGGUAUAUCGAUGCUAAAUACUUUGCAAAUCGUUUUGAGAAAAUUAAUUGAAAAAAACAAAAGCAGAUUUUAGCGAGAAUUUGUGAGAAUUUCAAUUUGAUUUUCAUAGCAAAUUAAAGCAAGAUGCCCGUGCUGCCAAUGCCACCACUUAUGCAUAACGCUGUAGAGCCGAUGCAAGUGGAUGCGCCGCCAAAUGAGGACAAUGAGAACAACGAGGAGCAGCAGAUUGUGGUGGAGAAUCCCAGUAUUGAUCUCGAGGUGUACGCCAAUCAAUAUGCCGGGAUCGUAAGACUGCAUCGCCUGAUGUUUGUGGCCGAUGUGUGCCCAAUCUUGGCGGUAGAGGCUCUGAAGAUGGCCAUUACCUAUGUGCAGACCACCUACAACGUUAAUCUCUACCAGGUGCUCCACAAGCGCUUGAGUGAUUUAAAUGCCGGCAAUGCCCCAGUUCCGCCUGCCAAUGCUGGCGGAGAUCAGGCAGCAGCAGCAGCUGCAGCUCCUCUGCCCGAUAUCGCCGCCCAACCAGUGGCCCAGGCUCAGGGACAAGCACAGCCCGCUGGCGAAAAGGAUGCCUUCGCCUACGAUGCCGUAUGGGUGGACACCAAGAUGAAGAAGGCGGCCCUGAAGCUGGAGAAACUGGACUCCGAUCUGAAGAACUACAAGUCGAAUUCGAUCAAGGAAAGCAUUCGCCGGGGUCACGAUGACCUGGCUGACCACUACCUCAGUUGCGGCGACCUCACCAAUGCCCUGAAGUGCUAUUCGCGGGCCAGAGACUACUGCACCAGUGGCAAGCAUGUGGUCAACAUGUGCCUAAAUGUCAUCAAGGUUUCCAUCUAUCUCCAGAACUGGGCUCAUGUGAUGAGCUACAUAUCCAAGGCGGAAAGCACUCCGGACUUUGCCGAGGGCUCCAAGGAGGCAAACGCCCAGGUGCAUACUCGGCUGGAGUGCGCCGCUGGUCUGGCGGAACUGCAGCAGAAGAAGUACAAGGUGGCGGCCAAGCACUUCCUCAAUGCCAACUUCGAUCACUGCGACUUUCCCGAGAUGAUCUCCACCAGCAAUGUGGCGGUUUACGGUGGCCUCUGUGCCCUGGCCACCUUCGAUCGACCGGAGCUGAAGCGCCUGGUCAUCGCCUCCACAUCCUUCAAACUCUUCUUGGAACUGGAGCCCCAGCUCAGGGAUAUUAUAUUCAAGUUCUACGAAAGCAAAUAUGCCUCCUGCUUGACGCUGCUGGAUGAGAUCAGGGACAAUCUGCUGGUGGACAUGUACAUAGCUCCCCAUGUGACCACGCUGUACACCAAGAUUCGUAACCGUGCGCUCAUCCAAUACUUCAGCCCCUACAUGUCGGCUGACAUGCACAAAAUGGCCAUGGCUUUUAACUCAUCGGUGGGCGAUCUGGAGAACGAGGUGAUGCAGUUGAUAUUGGACGGGCAGAUUCAAGCGCGCAUCGAUUCGCACAACAAGAUCCUGUACGCCAAGGAGGCGGAUCAGCGGAACAGCACCUUCGAGCGGGCCUUGAUCAUGGGCAAGCAGUACCAACGUCACACAAGGAUGCUCGUCCUCCGGGCUGCGAUGCUCAAGAGCCACAUCCACGUGAAGAGCAUUUCCAGGGAGGGCGGCAGCAACCACGGCGCCGAGCUCUGCGUCUCCGCCGGAUCCUCCACAACCCCUCAGAUUGCCAGGAUCUAGGCAAAUUGAAUAAGCACCUAGUAACCAAUAAAGUCUUUAAAGUAUGUAUAUCAGACUCUGGCGAAAUAAAGAGUUUUAGCAAA